AGUGGUCAAACUUCUAAAAGUUUUCASAGUGCACAAUCAAUUUGCAUUUGCACGCUUUCCCUUCUAGAUGCUUUACAGCAAAAUGGUGCUGAGCGGUGACGUUUGCGGCGAUUAAUUGUAGAUCUUUUGCGAUGGCCGGGCUUCCGCAAAAGAAAACACCAACCCUUUCCCCCUUCGGAUUUGUCACGUGGGCUUUUGCCAACGCCUUUGUGAAAAUCUUAUUCCAAUCCGGACGUCCAGGGUGGAAGUAAGGACUGUGGUCUUUGCUGGCCAUAGAUGCCUCGACGUCGAUUCCGUCCCCCUUGCUUCCCAUCAUCUGGGUGAUCAAGGUCCGUUCAGACUUUUUAUUUUCAUGCUUUUCUCGGGUGCCGUAAAACUCCAUUGAAAAAACGUCUGUAAGACCGAAUUGCAUUAUUUUUGGCAACAGACAUCUGGCGGCAAACCGCAUGCUCGCGUAUGUUCGAUUGAUCAGGAUUCCAUCGAUCGAACAGAUUUCGUUUUCGCCGCUAUCAUCGUUAUCGGCAUCGUUGUCAAACCCAACCAUGAUUGCCUUUUUAYUAGCACGUUUGUUACCCGAUUUCUCCUUUUUGGAGGUGGAGUGAUCGUGUGGCUUCAGGAUCAUGAAGUAGAUGUGAAAUACGCGAAUUCCGUGCAGGGCGACCACUAGACCAAACAUCACGAGAUAGGCAGUAUUGCUUGUAGACCGGCCACGGAUAGAGAGCCAGAAAGCAAUGGUAUCGACAAGAAUGAUGCUGCACUCCAACCAGCACUUAAAGAGCCUGAAGUACCAGCUACAACCUAACGCAAUUGUUGACACAAUUGCUAUCGUUCCGUGAACCAACAAAGCAAUYAGGGAUAGGAUGGCCCCYAGGGCAUUAGCGGACAUGUAAAAUCGGAAAAUCUGAAGGACAAUUAUGACCGUCUCUCCCAAAAUAAACAAGAUGAAAAGGCACAACGAUACUGUCAUUGAUUCUAAAACCUUUUCCCAUUUGAGGCAUUUCAUUCGAAGCUCGCUGAAUUCAGCYAAGUCCUCAGURUCCCAGGUUGCCAAACUACUAUUGUGGCCGCGAAAACUUGUUCCAAGACCAAGACUGAAUUCUCGGGAUUGAAAACCAUCAAUUUGGAAGGAAGCGAUACUGCUAUUGAGUUUUUCCAUGACGCUCGAUCGAAUGGAAUGUAUUCCGUAGCCGUUCUGACUCAUUUCUCUCCCCUUUGCCAUCAGGUACUUCCAGAUUGAAAGCAGUGGCGUGACACCCACACCAGAUCCGAUCACAACAAUGUGCUGGUACUCGAAGUAGUUCAUCGCCGGCGCACCAUGUGGACCCCGGAGCUCAAUUGUUACGGGGUUGAUGCUCUUCGUAAGAUCAUAAGCCGAGGCGUAGUCAAACAAUGCCUGGGUCCAACGUCCYACAUUUUUAAURCAGAAGACGAGUUUCUUCUGCUCCUCGUCUACUUCGAAUGUGUGGUGGGGACCUUCCUCGUACGGGUAGUUGGGGGCGCUCGCAAUAGUGAACGGAUGCCAUUCGGAGCGGGAGAUUGGGAGGAAUUUCAGCUCGGCGUACUGGCCCGGGGUGUACUURAAAUCCUUUGGGCAUUCGGUCACAAGCUCCGUGAUUUGCUGCCCGUCGUCRUCRUGGGCCUGCCACUUUAUCACCUUAACAGUGCUCACAUUUUUUCGUCUCAUGAGCACRUCAAAGAGAUAUAGGAGCAAAGGCAGCAAUGCGACAUAGAGAAAAAGGGGAURACCUCGACAGCUACCGUGGACAAUCAAUAACGGGUAAGCCGUAGCGACCCCCCCCAUAUGGAAGAACCAAAACCAGCGAAACCCUGCAGUGGUUUUGCGAAAGCACUUGAGGGUAGUCAGGAAGAAAGUGGAAAAGAUAAUCGUGAGCAGCGUGCCCGUAAUAAGAAGCUGUUUCGUSGCAAAACCAUCGCCAAAGGUCCAGAAGCGUAAUCCCUCGUGGUUCAUGGUAAUUGAGGCYGUGGCAUAAUUUACAAUCUGGGGUAGGGUAUGGAUAAYGCAUCCGSAAAAAAUGAUUGUCAGCGCCACAUAUCGGUGGUACUUUGGCAUUAUGUCAUCUGUAAGGAAGGCAAUCGGGAUGACAGGGACUACGUGAGUUCGAACGCACGUCCACAAGUACUUGCAGGCUGUCAGCAAGAGAAUUGCGCAGUUUAUGGUGACCAAUCUUCCUCCGGCACGGGCAAUGGGCAGGGUCACCCUUAAAAUGUCGUCUUCUGUGGUCCACCCACCGACUUCCGUGAACUGGUAGGCCCCAGUGGCUGCCGCCAGUAGGUUCAACAUCAAGUACAGGAUUCCCAGAAAUAUUCCCAUCCCGUGGUUUGUGAAGAAGACCUCAACGCGCUCGGCCUUUUGCUCGGUUGGGCUUCGGCUGAUCUUAAAGCGCUCGGCCUUCUGGGUUGCAGCAUAUCUCGUACGUUUGCCACUCGAUAUAUCCCGAUCGGACACAUAUGCCCUAGUAAACGAGGACAACUUGGUCAUCAUUCCACUCUUGCGCCGUGAACCAGCAUUUGUCUGACAGUUCGUAUCGAAAGAAACGUGCUGCUUGCUUUGAGAAGCGUCUUGUUUUUGGAGGCAGCUGAUGCUCCCUAAGCUGUGCAGGCUUGGAUGGGGAUCAUCACCACGUUGGCAUUCCGUGCCGUCCUYUUUUCCAGGUCCGAAGUCUAUGGUCAGCGAUGUCUCGCUCUUGCCGGUCACAUCUCGGCUCUGGAAUACAACCUUGGAUUUAUCGCGAAUGUCGCUGCUGCGCUUAAGUGGCUUGUUCUUGUUCUUGUUCUUGGUCGUUGGUUGUCGGUUAUCGUCAUUUCCAGAAUCUUCGGUUACAGCUACAAGUGCACUGACAGCGCUUUCCGAGGUUUCUGCUCGUUGUGAUUGAUCUUCCUGUUUGGUCAUGGAAGAUAAUCGUUUUUGCAAAUUUAUUUAUGUGUAUUUGUUCUUUUUAAAGGUUUGUGUGUAUAGCAAGGUGGGUUCGUAGGUGAAAAGUAAAUUAAACGAAACAAGGAGAUAAUAUAUUCCACUCAGGAAUGUUAACUUGCUUGCUCUUUGUGUGUAUGAUACUUGAAUGUAUGGAGUAUACUAUAUUUUCCGAUUCCUAUUAUUGUUACUUCUAGAGUGAUAGAGAAGAGGCGACGUUAGUUUGUAUUUGUAAAGUCUCCUUAUAGCUCGUGAGCCAUCCGAUCUCGUCCAGGUAUGUGUGGUGGUAUGCGAUGAGUAAUCMGCCGGUUCUGAUGUUGAACGAAAAAUUAGAUCGUUUGUACAGCCACAGUGUGGGCUACUAUCCUCGCAUAAGUGUGGUGAUAUGACGGCGCGGCACAUUGAACAUCACCAUUAGGAGAAAUCAUACAAAGUUUGAUCCAAUCUAUCUAUCGUGUCYUCCUACGUACCAGUUUUUAGAUUGUUCUGUUGUCCGUCAGAGUGAUAUGCUCUCCCUUGAGCAAAGCAAAUAUUGUUCAAUGGCGACUCUAAUUUUGUGACGAUACACAAUUGGUAACUAUGGCAAAAAUCAAAGGAUCCCAAAUCGAAAGAAUUUUCGUAGGAUGCAGAACUUCAAGGUUGCAUCACUCAUCACAUUACGUAGUCUGUAGUCCUGUGCAUUAUCUUGCACUUAAGUAGGUAUGUACUGGGUACGAACUGUACAUCACCUCCUCACGUGUACAGAGAAUACUACGAAGGAAUAAUAUUUUCUUACUGUAUUUGUUUAAGGUUCAUCUUGUAAGACCCGUAAAGUAUUCUUAGUCGUUCCUGCGCAGUGGGGAUCUGAUGAAAAAUAGAAUGUCAGUGAUAUAAGCCAGAUUGAAAAGAAAAGCAGCAUAAUAAGAUGUCUGCUUUGUUUUAUCUAUGACUUCUUUUGAUCUUAAUYCUGAUCGUAAUUGCACCUUUCAUCGAUUAAGUCGGUCGUCAUUUCAAAAACUAAUACAGUACAGUAAUACUUGAAAGGUAAGGAGCAGUACACCGUGCACACCGACCGUACGAUUCACAUACAGUAACGUACCGUACUUUGUUGUCCAGAUAAACAAAGCGAAAAUUUUAAAUUUCUUGCUUUUGACAAGUAAAGUGUCAACAGCAGAUGUUCUGCAAGCUGUUGAAACGUAUAUUUCCAACUGCUUUAUUACGUGGUUCGCCUUCCGAAUUUCCACAAAAAGUUCCGGAACUCGUAGUGAAGAUGGCUCGUUCAGGACGAAACACUCCGUCAGUAGGGCACUGUACGCAGAGUACGGUACGGUAUUGUGGUCACUGGGUGAAGAGACCAGUGGCUCAUAACCUACGAGAUGCUCACAGGCUGUCUCCCGUUGUUUACAAUAAAGAGUGAGGUUAUUCGCUAUCUACUCGUGAUUGUACUGUCUCACAGAGAUAGAUGUCUAUUUUAUUCAGUACGAACUAGUACGUACUUUUACGAGUACGGUCACUUACUACAGUAGUGGGUACUCGUAACGGUCCGUACGUAAUCAUGUCCUAGUCGUGAUCUACUCGCACAUUAUGUUGUGAUUGCAGUGAUAUCACUGCUAAUGUGCUCUUGUUCUAAAAAACAAGAAGAGGGCUACUAAAAAUAGUGAUACAGUAAUGUUGUAGUCUUAUUCGUUGGACAAUCCCGGAUGACCCUCCCGGUAGGAAUUCAAUUCAACUUUCAUUACCAUUAUGACCAAUCAACACUACAUGAGUCGACGAGAAGAUGCUUUGCCAACACACUACCAUUGUGCGAGACGAGGGGGCAAGACCAACUCCUUCAUUUUUCCUUCGCUGCAUACCGUACGGUGUAGUAAAUACCGGCCGAUAGGGUGGGCAGUCCCACGAGGUAUGUACCGGUACCGUCGUGUCACAAGAAAUAAAGUAAUGCAAGUAACAAAUAUAACUCACAAGCCAUGCAGGACUCUUCGAUCGUAGGCGUUGAUUCCUACAGAGGYAACACAACAUUCCGGCCGCAAGAACAACGCAACCCGCGGUAACUUCUGAAGAAAUGUCAAGGAGGUGCAAURUUGCAGUCCAAGAUCCGAUCMAAUCCUGUGUUUGCCGUUUCUUGCGGAUGGUGUUUCGUAUAGCGCCCAGGCAGGAUGCAUGCAUGAACGUAUGCAUAGCUUUUGAAGGAGAUAUAGUUUUUAGUAAACAGCCAAUUUGGGA